GAUUGUUAUGGCAAUAACCUGCCAUUCAGUCCCCGUUAUUCGGGGAAAAAAAUUCCGAUAUGGCAAUAAGAUGGAAUCUAUACUCCACUUAAUCAUCUUCUUGACUUUUACCGUCGAAAAUGGAGCCGCUUACGGUAGUUCGUCCAUUUCCCCGCAGCCUGAACAGAUUCAUAUCUCUAGAACAGCCGACCAAUCAGAGAUGAUGAUCACAUGGACGACAUUAGCCCCAGCAUCCAGUAGUGUAGUGGAGUAUAACUUCAAAGGACAACCGCUGACCAAUGUGGCGAAAGGCAAUUCGAAACCUUACAAGACGUGCGGCUGGAAGAAGAGAUACAUUCAUAUCCAUCGAGUGAAACUAAAAGGACUUUUACCUUCAACCUCUUAUGGGUAUCGUUGUGGUGGGUCCGAUGGUUGGAGUGCUAUAUACUUCUUUAAAACAUCAAAAGUUGGCAAUCAAUGGUCACCCAGUCUAGCGGUAUACGGAGAUCUUGGGGUAGGCAACGCACAGUCCCUGAGUAAACUACAGACUGAAGUGCAAAACGGUGAUUACGAUGCAGUACUGCACGUUGGGGACUUUGCCUACGACAUGUCUCACGAUGAGUCGAGGGUAGCUGAUGCUUUCAUGAAUCAAAUCGAGACAAUAGCGGCCUAUGUACCAUAUAUGGUAUGCCCUGGUAACCAUGAGUUUCAAUGCAAUUUUUCUAAUUAUCGAGAAAGGUUCAGUAUGCCAGGUGAUAAUCAAGGUCUGUUUUACAGCUGGAAUAUUGGCCCUGCGCAUAUCAUAAGCUUUAGCACUGAGUUGUAUUAUUUUCUACAAUAUGGAAUUGAACAACUCGUAAAUCAGUACAAAUGGCUGCAGAAGGAUUUAGAGGAAGCUAAUUUACCUCACAACCGUUCAAUACGUCCAUGGAUCAUCACUAUGGGACACCGUCCAAUGUACUGCUCAAAUAUGGUUGGUGAUGGUUGCGAAAAUCACGAGAAUGAGAUUAGAACUGGUAUCACUUCCCUAAAACUGUUUCCGCUAGAGGAAUUAUUCUACAAACACGGAGUGGAUCUCGAGAUUUGGGCUCACGAACAUUCGUACGAAAGGCUUUUUCCUGUCUAUAAUCACAAGAUUUAUAAUGGAUCCUUAGAACAUCCUUACACGAACCCACGAGCCCCCGUGCACAUUGUAACUGGAUCAGCGGGAUGUAAAUACUGCCAUGAUAAAUUCAAGAGGGAUUACGGCCCUUGGACGGCAUUUCGUACACUCGAUUAUGGAUACACAAGAAUGAAAAUACAUAACUUUACUCAUUUAUACCUAGAACAAGUCAGUAUCGAUAAGAAUAAUAAAGUAAUAGAUCGUGUCUGGAUUAUCAAGGAUAAACAUGGCCGGGAGGCCUGGGCCAGUGAUGACGUCGUGCAGGGUGUUCCUAGUGACGCUGGAUCGUUAUUCAAAGCAAACUCAUUUAAAACAAUGAAAAAUUUUAAUGAUAUCAUCGAAAAGUAUACGAACGAUUUGAAAAGUAGAAACAACCCUUACAAAUAGACAAAGAUUUGUUUUGUGAGAAGAAUCUGUGUUACCUUGGCCCUCUCGGCCAAAUGUACAACAGGUUUGUAAGACAUGCUUCGUAACUAUAAGACGUCAGAACGGGCAAUUUUGUGAACUCAACACUAUAAAUACUUCGAGUUCUCUGUUGCUCAGGGUUAGCCUCGAUUUUGUGUAGAAUAUUCACGUGUUCCAUUCGAGGUCCUUGAAUUUCAAAGCGUUUGUAUUGUUGAAGUUGUGCAUUCUUUACUUUACCGUUGGUAUUUUUGAAUAUUUAGACACUGAUACUAGGCUAAGCCUGAGUAAAAGAUGAUCUGUGAUCAAGCAACACAUCGGUGAGCUACUCAUUCGCAUGACAGAAAUCUUUGCUUCUUCCCUGGUAUGGAAGUAUCUUUUAGACUACGAAUUUUAUACGACCUGUCGUUGGGCUAGGAAUUAGGUAAAGAGGUGUUUUUGACGUAAAACUCAUUUGCUCCUUAACAUAAGGCCGGUAGGUAAGAGUGGACGUAAGAGCCUGGAGCUGCUAAUACGAAUCUCCACAGAGAUCCCACGGGUACGUAAAAUAGGAAAUUAUUAUUAUCAGUUUAUUUCGGGGUGAGAAUUGUACAUAAUAAAUAAAUAUUGUCGAAGUUCCUCAAAAAAAUACCUGCACUUAUUGAGUCUC